AUGCUCAACUUCACUGAUGUGACAGAGUUUAUUCUUUUGGGACUCACCAGUCAUCAGGAAUGGCGAAUUCUCUUCUUCAUCAUUUUUCUCAUGGUCUACAUUAUCACCUUAGUAGGCAAUAUUGGCAUGAUUGUGUUAAUUAAAGUCAGUCCACAGCUCAACAGCCCCAUGUACUUUUUUCUCAGUCACUUGUCAUUUGUAGAUGUGUGGUUUUCUUCCAACGUUACCCCUAAAAUGUUGGAAAACCUGUUAUCUGAGACAAAGACUAUUUCUUACAAUGGCUGUUUGGUACAGUGUUUCUUUUUCAUUGCCCUUGUCCAUGUGGAAGUUUUUAUCCUUGCUGUGAUGGCCUUUGAUAGAUACAUGGCAAUUGGGAAGCCUCUGCUCUAUGGCAGCAGAAUGUCAACGGUUGUCUGUGUUCGACUGAUCUCUUUCCCUUACAUAUAUGGUUUUCUGACUAGUCUGGCAGCAACAUUAUUGACCUAUGGCUUAUACUUCUGUGGGAAAAUUGAGAUCAACCACUUCUACUGUGCGGACCCACCUCUCAUCAAAAUGGCCUGUGCUGGGACCUUUGUCAAAGAGUACUCCAUGAUCAUACUUGCAGGUAUUAACUUCACGUACUCUCUGACUGUAGUUAUAAUUUCUUAUCUAUUCAUUGUCAUUGCCAUUCUCCGGAUGCACUCGGCAGAAGGGAGGUGGAAGGCCUUUUCCACCUGUGGGUCCCACUUGACAGCUGUCAUCAUAUUUUAUGGGACUCUCAUCUUCAUGUAUCUCAGACGCCCCACAGAGGAGUCUGUGGAGCAGGGGAAAAUGGUGGCUGUGUUUUACACCACAGUGAUCCCCAUGCUGAACCCCAUGAUCUACAGUCUGAGAAACAAGGAUGUGAAAGUGGCCUUGAACAAAGUGAUGAGCAGAAUAUGUGUAACAAGUUAA